GUUUUUUCUGCAAUGUCACAGUCAAUCAUUGAGAGUGUUUGCUGGUCGAGCUGAGUUUGAACGCUGAUACAUACAGCUGUUUCACCUAGAAAUGGCUUUUAAGGGAAAAAAGUUUUGGAGAUAUAUCUCUUUAUGUUUUUUUAGCUUUUCACUUAUUUACUUUGUAAUGUACUCUACAAAAAAAGGCUGCUUAGAGAGUGGGCUGCCGGACAUGGAACAUCUGAUCAAGCACAGUGCAGGAGAACUACAAGCUUGUUCAGCCAUCAUCCGAGGAGACAUGGAUGGAGUCAACAGCAAACACUUUGGCAACCUCCUUGCUGGGUGGAAAAAAGCUUCUCUUUUAUCUGAGUCUUUCUACCUAAAUGUCACAAAGGACUGUCAAGCUUUUGUAAGAGACAGUGGGUUUCUAACAGCUCCUUUGAGCAAAGAGGAAAGAGACUUUCCAAUCGCUUACUCUAUGGUUAUCCAUGAGAAGAUUGAGAUGUUUGAGAGGCUCCUGCGUGCUAUUUACACUCCUCAGAAUGUUUACUGUGUUCAUGUGGACCAGAAGUCACCUAAGAUCUUUUCUGAGGCUGUACAAGCUAUUGUGUCUUGUUUUCCCAAUGUGUUUGUGGCCAGUAAGUUAGAGAGUGUUGUCUAUGCCUCUUGGUCACGAGUUCAAGCUGACAUCAACUGCAUGGAGGACCUUCUCAAGUCUCCUGUCAAGUGGAGGUAUCUCCUCAACACAUGUGGGGCAGAUUUUCCCUUAAAAACCAAUGCAGAGCUUGUUCGCUCCCUGAAAAAUCUCAAUGGAAAGAAUAGUAUGGAGUCAGAAGUCACACCCUCACACAAAAAAGCCCGCUGGGAGUACCAUCAUAACAUCACCAAUACUGUGACUCGAACAGGUAUUAAGAAGACCCCUCCACCCAUCGGCACCCCUAUGUUCUCUGGGAAUGCAUACUUUGUUGUUACUAGAGAGUUUGUAGAAUAUAUCUUUAAGACUCCAGAGAUCCAGAACUUCAUGGAAUGGGAGAAGGACACGUACAGCCCAGACGAGCACAUGUGGGCAACACUACAUAGGAUGCCUUCGGUGCCUGGCUCCAACCCCCCCAAUGAAAAAUUUGAUGAGUCGGACAUGCUGGCCAUAGCGAGGUUGGUCAAGUGGAGUUAUCAUGAAGGAAACAUAAAGAAUGGAGCACCAUAUCCACCAUGCACUGGGACAUAUAGACAUGCAGUGUGUGUUUAUGGAGCAGGGGACCUGAACUGGAUUCUGAAGCAGAAACAUCUCUUUGCUAACAAAUUUGACCCACAAGUGGAUGAUAUUGCUAUAAAAUGCAUGGAGGCUUUUUUACGGUACCAAUCAAUUUAUGGUCAGUCUUUAUUUAGCAUAGGUAAAACAAAAAUAAUUCAAUAAUGCUGCUACACAUUUACAGAAUGUAUACCAGCUGUGUACAUUUUUUCAAGUUUAUUCAAGAAAAUAUUCUAUUGUUCAAAGUUCAUGAACCUUAAUGUAGCGAAGUCAGUAAUAUUUGAAAUUAGCUUUAACAGUUAAAAGAUUUUAACACUAGUAAAACAGACAAACUUCAGAAGAGUGUGUAUGUGUGUCUGCGUGUGUGUCUGCUUGUGGGUGAACUCAGUCUCAUGGCAAUAGAUGAGAGAACUAUUAGCAAGCAGUUAAUUGUAAGACUUUGUUACAGAUUUUAAAUCAAGACUAAAAACACUUUUAUAAGUUGGCUUUUUAAUCUGUGCUUCUGUUUUAAGUGUUUUAUUUGUUUGAUGUUUUUUUUUUCUUUUAAAUACUCAGUAUUUUAUUUGUCAUUUUAUAUUGUAUUCUAUGUACAGCAUUAAAAUUAAAUAAAAAAUCUUUUGUUUUCAAUGUGCUUUAUAAAUUAAAUGUACUUACUUGUAUGGUCAAAAUAAGGUUCUUUUAUGCAUUUUGCCAGAGACAUUAUGCAAGUGCUAAUUCUCUAUUUGUUAAAAGAAUAAAGACAAUACACUGUA